GCUGACAUAUUUUGACCAAAAGUUGUAAUCUUAAUGACAGAAUUGCCAUACUUGGUGCUUAGCAUAGUAUUUUAUAGUAAAGUACUACCAUAUAUAUAUAUAAGAACCCCUUCUAUACCAAAUUUUGAACAUAAAUACACUUUUUUUAUCUUAAUGCAAGUUUUAAGUGAGCUAGAAGUUUAGAACUGUAAAGAUUACACAAGUAGCAACUGUAGCAUCAUUUAUAGCCUUGUUGUCUAACAUGUUAAUAAAAACCUCAAGAAUAGGUUUAAAAAUGUUUAUAAUUUUCCUGUUUCUCAGAAGUUACUAGCAAUUUUGCUACCUAAUUAGCUCUGCUUUCAACUACUUUGUAACAGCUUUGAUAUUCAUUCUUGCCUUCAUAGACAUGGAUAUCUCAAAAUUUACAAGUGCAACUUCUGAGGAAGAGACCAUCUCAAUUUUAUGUUACUUCAAUGAAAAGUUUGCAUCUCCAUCUUUCAAUGAUGCCGGCAAGUUUGAGAUGAGUGAAUCGCAGUUUUUUGAUACUUGGCAUAAGUUGCUGUUUUGGCUGGGCAGCCGAGGCUCUGAGGAAGCAGCUUGCACUUACCUGAACACACUGAGGAUACUCAGUCGAGACAGAAAUUUGAUGAAUCAAGUUGUAACUGAACAAGAUCUGGGUUUACUGAUGGAAUAUGCUGGCCUGCCAGAGCCUGGCCUGGAGGCAGUACUACUUCAGCAUAAAGCAGCAACAGAAGCAUGUCUAUGUCUAAGCAACAUCAUAUACCAGAGCAACACUGCUCAAAGCAUCUGUUGCUCACCCCACUAUGUGAAAAAGACUCUGCAGCGACUCCAACAACAAGACUUGCCUCACUCUCUAAUUGUGGGUUACACUCGGCUGAUGUUCCUCAUGACUGCACUUGUGCCACAAAACAGAAAAGUUGCUGCACUAGAGUACAAUGCUCUGCCAGUGAUGCUGCCGCUGAUUAGCGCCCAAGCUAGUGUAAAUGCAGACAACACCUCAAAUCCACCACCGACCAUGCAGCGUGAGGCGGGGGAGCGGGUGGUGGAGGUGCUUAAGUUGUGCUACAACUUAUGCGUGGGGUUGUCCAGCCCCUACAGCAGCGCUGGUGACGGUGGUGGUGGCUCACUUAAGAUGGCGAUGGUGGUGGACAGCAGCGUGUCUAGUGAGCAUGAGCAACAUAUGCGGUGUCUGGUUGAUCGAGUACGUCAACUUCUGCUCGCUACUGCACAUACACAUCAACACACACAGAUCAUGCACAGCCACUGCAUCAACGUGCUGGUGUGCGUGCCCACGACGGCUCUGGCGGCGCUCACGCCUCCCUACAGCAGCAGCGGCUCCUGGUGGGGCGGCGCCUCUCAGCGACGUAAGCCUGCAGUCUUCAAAGACGCCGACAUGAGUGCCCUCGUGCAAAUCUUGUCCUUCCUGCACGCCAGGCUCAAUGCCGGUGAAGCUCAGAGCAGCGAGAACCUGACGCCUGUGUUGACGAUGCUGGUGACUGUGUGCCAAAGUAGCAGUAAGGUGAGGCAGUUUGUGAGACAGCGCGUUCUGCCGCCUCUCAAGGACGUGACUCAUCGCCCUGAAGAGGGCAACAGCCUCAGAGGUCGGCUAGUCAAGCUCAUGACUUCACCUGUCAUGGAGCUGAAGCAUCUCUCUGCUACGCUGCUUUUUGUGCUGUGCAAGCAGAGCGUGGAGCGUCUGAUCAAGUACAGCGGGUACGGCAACUGCGCUGGUUUGCUGGCGUCGCUGGGGCUGCUGGCAGGCGGUGAGCUGAGCACCGAGACACACGAGCAGUCAGAGUCUGAGGACAGCGACACUGAAGAGUACCAUAGAGUGCGACAUAUGGUAAACCCUGUGACCGGGUGCUAUGAGCCUGUCCGGCCUAACCCCAUGGAGAACAUGUCCGAGGAGCAGAAAGAAUAUGAAGCCAUCAAGCUGGUCAAUACCUUGGAUAAACUCAUCAGGUCAGGUGAUAUCAAGCCGUGCGGCGUUGGUGCAGACGGCAAGCCGCAGCCGCUGGAGCACGUCAUGCAGCUGCAGGACAGCGCAUGCUUCACUCGCGCCAGCACCGACCCCCAGCCUGACGACCAACACUCUGACUCUGACUAGAUCCUAUGAUGAUAAUUUGAUCACAAUACUGUGGUUCUUAACAUCAUUUUGUUGAGUAAUAUUCCGACUACAUCCCGUGUACAUCUGUUCAUAUAACACUCGUUCUUAAAUAAAUAUGCUGAAUCAGUAUAGUGAAAUACAUCAUAUACGUUCUAAUGCAGAUAAAUAUCUAUUAUUUGGUGAGUAGUAUUAAAUGAAUAUUCGGAAUGCGAUGCUUCCUAUAAUAUACUAUCAAGUUAUUGGUAGUUAUAAUUUUUUUUUAUUUUUGUAUGAAUUUGAUACAAUGUUUAAUAGUAAUAAAUUAAAUUAUAGAUUCUAACUUGAAGCUGCAAUCUUUUUUGACGAUUUGUAUAUCAUGAUAUUUGUAUUGUAGGUUUUGUCUUAUUUAAAUUUCCGUUGUAUCGUAACAACAUUUGAAGUGAUUGCUUAGUAGCAUUGCUACUUAUGAAAGUAAGUAAAAGGCUCGCAUUCCCUAACUGUGAUUUUCGAAAAUAUAGGGCCUUCCGGUUCUACAGCUACAAACGCCGACUGUUAGCUGCUUGUUGCCGUGCAAAUGUAGGUCACCGUAUUGACAUUUCUCUAUGCAUCUAAUUAUGUGUAAUUUAUGUCGUGAAACUAACGACGUUAAUAUCUUGUCAAUUUGUCUGACCGUCACAUUUCUUCACAAUGUUCUGCUGUACACACAGGAUACAAAUGUUUUACAUAAUAAUUAAUUAACGUUGUGUGAAGAACUUUCAUAAAUCUGGCUACUGGUGAUCGUGGAAACAUAGGCAAUGAGGUUUUAUAAUCAAUUACGUCUAAUUUUGCAUGCUUGGAUCAGUUUGUGACUUUGUGUAUCAAUUACGAUUUCAAUACUUACGCAAGCGCCUGGUGAUUUGACCAGACAUUUUUUAAUCUUAGCAUGUUAGAACGGGAUUAGUUUUUUAUGGUGCAGCGUCCUCAUUAUUGAGUUCAGUGGAGUAGCAUUGGAUAUUUCGUCCCUCUAGUCAUGGUUUAUUAACCUCGUAGUCCGUUGAUGAAUGUAAUGCGAAACUGUAUUUAUAAUCUCGUUGUAGUUUGUAAUUGAUUGUAUCACUUUACUUCUGCUUGGUUUAAUGUGCCAAAGUUGAUGUUUGAGACGUCACACUUACAGUGUAUCCUUGGUUUAAGGAGCGCUGAACCCUAUUCAUCAUGGACGAAGAGUGCAGCUUAAUUUAUAUGUGGGAUUUGAAAAAUUUCAUUAGUAGUGAACACGUUUUGGAUUCUCUUCCAAUGUUUGUAUCUGAAUGAUGAAAGUAAUUAAAUUUCUACAGUUUUUGAGUGAAUACUUCACAUCAUGAAAUGUAUUAAUUUAAGGGAAUAUUUUUCUGGUACAUUUGUUCAGUUGUUGCCUGUAAUUUCCAUGCAGCGGUCGAAAAACAAAACCUUGCCUGAAGUCGCUGGAGAACUAAAUACAUUUAACAUCAAACAA